AUGCUACACUUCCUUCCUCGAAUUCGAGUUUACCAAUGUAAAAGGGCUGAACAUUUGGCAAGAAAGUGUGAAAACCAUAAUUGUCAGAGUACUAAAUUAUGUGUAGAAUUUAAUUCAGAUUCAUCACCUGGCAUAGGCAGUAGUCAAUAUCAAUGUAUACAUUUCGCAUGUCCUGUACCACCCGCAGUGAAUAAGGCCACAUUCAUAGGUACAGAGAGUCUAGUUAAUGGCAGUGCAGCAUUCUAUAAAUGUGAUGGCUUUUAUGAACCUUUAAACAACAAGAAUUUCAGCACGUGCAGUGCAAAUGGUUCAUGGUCCGAAUUCAAAUGUAAACGACAUGUUCGUAAUUGCACAGAAUUAAGACAUUGUCAGCCGUCGGUGGUAGAUGGAGAAUAUUGGCUUUAUCCAGAAAAGUUUGGUGAUAAGCGCGUUAAGAUAUAUUGUAUGAAUAUGCUGAGCAGUUCCAAUGAUUCACCAAAAAGUUAUGUCACACUGAACAAUGAGACAAAUGCAAUACAUUCAUACAGGUUAUUACAUCAACAUUCAACUAUAAAUUAUGCAAAAUUAGGCGUAGAUCUUCAGACGAUGAUUAUCGAUCCAAAUGAUAUGGCAUUUUCUAAUCCAAGUAUAAAUCAUUAUCCGCCAUACGGUACUGUGUACAGGUCCUGUUCCCUUUCUUAUUAUCCCUAUACUAGUAGUUACUUAUUGAUUAAUACUAUCGGUACAGGUCUCUUACUAAAUAAAACGGCUGAAUGGGAUGAUUUUUCAAAUAAUCAACCCAAUUCAGUAAUACUGUAUGUGAAUAAAUCAAGUGAUCAUCGUAUAGUGAAUGUAAGUUGUUCUGGUGAAUGUGGUGAAUGUCGUCCGUUACAUGAUUUAUCAUUUGAAUAUGAUGAGACUUACGAAAUCAACAUGACUGAUGCAACAGAUCCGGCAUGUUUUGAUUGA